ACUUUUUAAUGGUCAAUCAUUGUUUACCAACCAAACAACCUUAUGUGUAUAUUUUGACCGGCUCUUAUGAGUGUUAGCUUUAUAGUUGUUAAUCGCACCAUUUGUUUGUUUUUAGUUAGUCGUUUGAAUGAUUUCAAAGGCAGCUCUUUUGCUAUCAGUGUUUUUUUUUAAUUAAAAAAAAAAAAAAACAUUUCAACACUUUUAAACCCCAGAACUACUAAUCUCUUCAAUUCAGUAAAUAACUUUACAUUUUUUUUUUAAAUUUUAUACAUGCAUAUAUAUAUAUAAUUGAAUAAUAAUGUUCCAAUUCAUACUCAUGGUCUUUUUGCUGCACUGCCUUGUCAUGUUUUGUGAAACUAAAGUGUUUAAGGGAUAACAAAACACUAAAACUGUCCAAUUAAUGACUCCAUCUGGGAUUCAAACCUUCCCACAAAGCACCACUGCAAAUCUCGUUGCAUAUAUGCUGCUAAAUUGAUUAGUUUUAAUUCAUUUUGACACAGCUUUGGUUUCACUUGCAGAAAAAAAUGAUGCCGGGAGCUAAUCUGAUGGUAGAAAACAGAAUUUAACAAUAUAAUAAUAUAAUAUAUUAUAAUAAACUGAAUAAUAUAAUAUAAUAUAAUCUAAGGUGAAAUGUUCUGUCAAUUAUGUUAUUUAUGUCCUAAAAUUUGACCUGGUUAAUGAGAUAGGUGUAAGGUAGACAAGCUAGUCAGAUUACAUAAAUUAAUUGAUUUAAAAUACAAUGAUUAGCCCCAAGAACCCCCCCAUUUUUUCUGUGUUUUGAAGGUAAUUUGAUCAAUUUUCAGUUUGUUUGUUUAAUUUUUUGUAACACCAACUAAAACCAGCCACCAAAAAUAAUAAAUUGCUCAAAGAUUUUUCUUUUUUUGGCCAUUAUAACUUAUGUAGACACACUUCUGUGUUUACAUUAUGUCUGUGACCUAUAUUUUCAGUGCUAUUUGACAUUUUUCUGCGUAUUCAGUUUAAUAAAGAUGAAAUUUGGCAGAGAGGAGGGGACUCUUGGUGCAAGUGUGUUUGCGAAAGAUAAAGAGCGACUCGUGGACGAACGCGGGAGGAUUAAACGGGGGGAGGGAGGGCUUGAAGCAGCUGAUCGGUGGGAGAGAGAAAGAAAGAAGGUCCACGCCAGAGAUGGAGCUUCAUACUCCUCGUUGUCAUAUGUGUCGCUGCGAGAUGGCAGAGAGGUGAACGAGGUCACGAUGCAGGAGAAACGGGACACUCCGAGUCCGACCCCGGGCAUCCUGGGGAAGGCUCACCCGGCUCUCAAAGCCUUCAUGUGCGGCUCUCUGAGCGGCACCUGCUCCACGCUGCUCUUCCAGCCGUUGGAUCUGGUCAAGACGCGGCUGCAGACUCUGCAGAACAACGCCAAACCGGGAGCUCCAAACGUGGGAAUGUUCCGAGUUUUCAUCAACGUCAUAAAAACAGAGAAUUUCUUCAGCCUGUGGAAGGGAGUUUCACCGUCGUUCGUGCGCUGCAUCCCCGGCGUGGGAAUCUACUUCAGCACCUUUUACUCGCUGAAGCAGCACUUCUUCCUGGACCGAGCGCCCAACGCCGGCGAGGCCGUGCUGCUGGGGGCGGGCGCCAGAGCCGUGGCGGGAGUCUGCAUGCUGCCCUUCACCGUCAUCAAGACGCGCUUCGAG